AAACGACAAGGCAUAGCAUGGGAAGGCAUUAGGCACCAGUACCCUAAAUGCCUACAUACAGGGAUGGUUGGUCUUCUCAUGCUAAUGAGGUUUAGACCAUGCUGAGCCCAACUUUUGUUCUGUGGGAUCUAGGGUAUCCCUUAUAUACCUAUGGCUACAUCUUUAUUAUUAUCCUAAUUAUCUGGCAGGUGAAAAAGAGUUACCAUGGAUUAACGUUGGAACCUAAAAGGAGCUGCUGCUGGCAUCACCGAAAAGUCAGACAAAGGGCUAGAGAUGCAGCAUCAAAAGCUAGGAGACUUUCCCGGGAAGAAGCUGAGAAGCCGUGGGAGCUGCUCUCUGUCAUGAGAAGCCAGGGCUGGCUUCCUCAGGAGGGGAGUGUGCGGCAGCUCCUGUGUGGACCCUGCUGCCAAAUCUGCAAUGCCAUGGUGCUGGAGAUUCAGCAGCUGGUGGUGGGUGAGAAUACCCUGGUCUCCCCAGCUUCAGGGGGGCCAUCGCAGGGCUCCUCUUGUCUAGAGAUUUUGUCCACAUCUAAAGUGUCUUUUAAGCAGAGUAUAGAGCAUCGUUGCCCAUGCUCCAAAGACUUUUCACUUCCACCUGCAACCCUCACAGUGUCACAGAAAUCCCUAACCCAGUCAGCUGCCCAGUCAACUGGUGCAGUCAGCAUCCAUGAUUACUGGGCUGAACACCUCAAACUAAGGCAGGGAUUUCAAGUGCCAGAGGUGCCCAGGGGCCCAGAGACUAUGUUUUCAUCAAGGCUCAAAGAGCCUCAGAUUUCAGUGAACCUGCAGAUGAUGCAGAGCAACUCCAGCCUUGCCUACGGGAACCAAGGCCAGCAGUCCUUGAAUUCCCAGGGGUCUCUGCUGACCCUGAACCAAGAAAUCAUUACCUUGACACAUCCUGUGGCCUUGCAUAUGGUCACUGUCCUCCCUGCCCACCUGCCAUUCCUCAGUCCUGAAGUCCUGAGGCUUCUUGAGGUACAUGUGAAAAAAAGGAUGCAUUUCCAGAGGUGGGGGCUCCCCAGAUUUGUAGAAGAGUCUCUAAGGCAGUUUAUGCCAAAUCCACCAUUAUUCUACCAAUCUGUACAUAACCAACCAGUUUCUUUCAUCCAAAAUGAUAGUUUUCAGUUCUCUGUUGAGAAAUUUGGGACCACUUCAUACCAGAACUGGGGUUCAUGUAUGGCCAGCCAGCCCACCCAGGCCUUCUGGGUUUCUGAAUGGUCCAUUAUGGACCCAGAACAAAGACCCCACUACCAGCAAAUCCCAAACCAUACGGCUCUUGCCUUGUCCUCUCCAGCCCUUAAAGAAUUAAAUGGCCUCUAUCUCAUGCCUGGGCAACCAGCUAAUGACUCAGUGGGCCGUGUGCAGCAGAUAUACAGCCAGCUAUUUUGUGGCCUCCCUUCUCUGCACAGUGAGUCCCUGGUUGACACCUUCUUGGGUUCUCAAGGCUUCUCCAUGAAUGGGAGCAUGUCUAAGCCCCACUUGAAAGAUCCUUUUCUCUUCAAGGAGCUCUCCUUCCUCCCUCUAAUGCCUAAAACUCCAACCUGGUCAGCUCCACCCUGUUCUCCAUCUUCCCCAAAUUGGAUCGCUCCUAACCACCAGCAAGCUCAGAUCAAUAUCCCAUUUCUGACUCUCAAUGAGUAUGAAGCCUUGGAGUGGUACCUGCUGCAGAAGCAGCUCCAGCUUCAGUGGGGCCUGCCAGAUGUUUUCCAGAGAGAUCAGCACACCAAGAGUCCCAUGCAGCAUGAGCCCUGUGAAAAAGCCCAGUCUUCUGAGACUGAGAAAACUUCCUGGCCAGGGCAGCCCAUCUCAGUCCUGACAAGGGAACUACUCUUCCCAGAUCAUGCCAGUAGGCUGCUGGAAUUCCACCUCCAGAGGCAGUUGAUUCACCAUCGCUGAGGCCUGCCCCAGAAGAUCCAGCAGUCCAUCCAGUUGCUCCUGUCCCCCAGUGACCAGAGGACUCUGUCCUGGAGCAGCACAGCCCUAGACAAUGUGAAUGUCCCCCAACCUACAGCUCUAGAGGGCACUGGGGUUGGCGACCCAUUCCCAGCCAUCAUGGACCCAGAGUCAGCCCCCAUGCCAUGCUUGUUUGUCCAGACUAAGGCAAAAUUACAGAGCCACAUCAACUCCAAAUGUGGGCAGAUUCACCAGCGCAAGGUUCCUGUCUGCAUAUGUGGCUCUUGGGAGUGCAGAAUUCCUGGGGGCCUGGAAGUAGCUCCCUUCACCAGCAUCCCAGAAAGCAAGCCCCGGGAACUACAGGCAGCAAAUGACCCAGACCUACAACAGAAAGUUACACCCUGGAUGCCAGUGGUCCUUGCUCAGCAGCAACAAGCCUUACCAGAUGCCAUCACAGGAUAUCCUAAGCAGCCCCAAACCCUGUCCAAGGGAGCCAUCGAGAAACUGGAGGCAACUUUACGGCACAAGUAUCUGGCCUUCUUGUCAGGGCUGCCCACUCUUUAUUAUGUGGCUCUCUCCAGGGCCUUGGAUCCAGCAAUCACUUGUCAAGCUAUGAUCCCAGAGACAGUGCCUGGGCCUGCUGAAUUCCCCACAGAACCUCUGGCUCAGAUGACCUCACCUGAAAAGCAAGUUCUAAGUCCUGGGCCAGGCUUUCAGGAUGCCAGCGAGGCUUGUGCAGACACUGCAGAUGAAUUCCAGACUGAAGUGCAGGUGGAAGGAAUAAUCAAGAUGGUGCCUCUAGAAAGCCAGACAGAGCCUGCCAGACCCUGCUUAGUCACGGAACCUGUCUUGGCCAAACUAAAUUUCCAUCUGAGAAAGAAGAUCCUAGAGAUACAACUGGGAGUUCCCAUAAGGGCAAGAGAGUCCAGGGAACAAACUGUAGCAAUCACAGAGAACAUAUGCACACAGGAGUCUCCUGGGAAUCUAGACAACCAAGGAAGAACACUGCUCCAGGAACUCCCCAUCCCACCAGAUAUGCCAUGUGCCCCAGAUCCAGAAUGGCUCCACUUCAAAGAACAGCUGGCCACUGAGUUAAAGGCAGUGCGUCAGAAACAGAAGCACCCCAGUCCUAGUGAAGUACCCCAUGGUUCUAUCCACUGGACCUCCAAGAUCUCUCAAGCCAGCAGGGACAUGACAGAGGCCCAGAUGCUUUGUUUUCAGCUGGAGGGAAACCCCAGCCUGGAGGAGGCCUGGAGCCCUGAGCCCCAAAGCCCUGACAAAAGCAAAGACUCAGCCCAAGUACCCAAGCUGGCAGAAAAGAAAGGCAAAUCCAAGCCAGCAAGGGACCACGGAGAAGGGGAUGCCGGGUUUGCACUCUCCUCCACAAGAGAAAAAAGCCACUCAGCUGAAGCCCAGAGGCCAGAAGGGAUGCUUCUCAACAGGACACCCCAUAGCGCCUGGCGACGGAGACAUUGCUUUCACUUUAAUGCUCCCUGUCAGCACAGUCCCCAGCAUCGCCCUCAGCUUAAACUCCCAGAGCUACCUCCUGCAGGCCCUGGGGGGAAUGACUCUGAGAAGAAUGACCUGCAAGACAGUCAAGCCAAGCGCAAUGUCAUCUGCAAAUCAGCAAGGAUUUCCAAGAAUGCCCAGCCCAUGGUGCCCCAGGCAUCACAGGGCCAGCCUUUUCUGGGCCAACCCAUUCUGGGUAAGCCAUUGCACAGCCAAACUCUACAAGGUCGGGUUUUGCAGGGGCAGGUGAUGCCAGGUUGUACCCACAAGAGGCCCGGCCUUCCAGAAUCUGGCUUGAGAAAUAAGAUGAAAUUUUUUCUGCACUGUUUUAACCCCAAGACAAAAGGCAAAGGGCAGGAGAAAUCCAUGUCCUCCACAUCUGAGAAAAUGGCCAACAUGAAAAGAAAAAAUGUAGAAAAGAGCCUGGGUCCAGCCAAAAGUCCCAAGGGGCAAACUAAGACAGAGACGACAAGAGGGAACCCCAAGGCCCAGUUUCCCCCUACUGAGAAGCAGGUGGGCCUGGCUGUCUUGCAUGUUCCCCACUCCCCAGACAGUAAGCUCCGGCACCGCUCCUGACCCCAUCAACCCCACUCUGCCUCAGUCCUGGACCCCCACCACUGCCCUCAGCACUGUCCUCGAAUGGCUUAUGCCACCCAAUCAGGGAAACCACCCCAACUCUCAACUCUCACCUCAGAGGGAAACACUGGUCUGCUCAAGAAGACCCAGAACAAGCAAAAAACUCUGUAGUGUCUGCAAUGUCUGCAUCCCUUGAAGAGGACUGCUACUAUCAUUUUCAUUAACGUGCAGGUGGGCAGUGCCACCCAAAAUACACUCUAUAUCUCUCAGCAGAGAGUUGUCUGCCUGCUCCUUCUCUCCACUGUGGUGUGUUCAGGGAAGGCAUAAGGGAGGCAUAAAUGUCCUUCCUAUCUAGGGAAGGAGCUUUAACCCAUACUUAAGCUGGGUCAGCAUUCCACACAACACACACACAUACACACACUGGACUGUGAAUAAAGGGAUUUGAGCAGAGAAGGAAGGCCCUUGUCUAAGGUACACUGAAGGUAAAAGUCAGGUUUGAAUUCUAUCAUGGUGUCCUUGGGCCCAAAGGAGCACUGUAGACAUGAGGAUAGUAUUGUCAAGAAGGAGUAGCCAGGAACCCCACAGGCAAAAUUUACUGAUGACAUCUAUAUAUGCCCACAGUCUGGAGAGGAGUGCCACUGAUCCAAACUUGAGGAGGUGCUUUGUGUUUAUCAACAGCAUACAGCUAAUACAACUAAUGUCAAAAGCAAAUGAUAGACUUUCCGCUCUCUACUCCCUGUUGGCUAUUGGUUAGAUCCCUCUGGAGAACUUGCCUGGAAGGCUGCUGGAGCUCUCUUGCCUGUAUCCCACCUCCACCCUCCACUGCUUAUCAGCUACAUGGAAUGAGUGACACCCAGAAUGAAGAUCACAGUAGGACAAGGAGAGGGGCUGGUCCCCCACCCCCAAGGGUAGGCAGGGAGAGAAGCAGGGAAGGAGAGCAUGUAGAUGGGGAUCUGAGUACCUGGAAUAGAAACUAACAUGUUCCUGAAGAGAGCAUGGUAAGAGAAAAGGCUGGUUGGCUAUGUACUCCAAAGAAUCUUGAGUCAGGAAGCCAAUCCAAUACCCAAGUGCUUUUAGGGGAUGGAGAGGAAUAAACUGAGUUUUGGUCUGUUGUCCUAGUGUGAGCAGUGAGUUGAGCCUUGUUGUCUAAAGGCAAUGCAAAUUAAUCCAAAAUUUCUGAACACUCGCCCUCCACCCCACAACUGUUCCCCUGUGUCAGGGAUUGGUAUAACUAUAAGCCCAUGUUUUUGCUCAGCCCAAACACAAAGUCAGUCACUGUGUUCCAAUCUUGAUAUAUCUCA